AUGCCGUUUCCGUUCUUGCCUAACGAGAUAUUACACCGAAUCGUUGCAGAUCUCGACUCCAUCAGUCUUAUUUCCCUCAGCCAAACGAGCAUCCGUUUUCGCCAGGUCAUCAAGCCCGGCAAGCGGGAGUUCGUCGAACGGCUGCUGGCACUGGAGUGCACAGAGCCCUUUGAUGCAGGGUUCGCUCAGAGAUCUGGUUGGUGGACUUACGAGUCCUGGAAAUCCACACUAUGGGCCUGUUCCGGAUGUCUCAAACUGCUGUCCCACUCGCACUUUGACAACCGCUCCCUCCUCCGUCGUGGCUAUAGGAAGCCUCCUCCGGAAGCUCCUGCUGCCAACAUUCUUACAACAUGGAAGCCUUCGCUCUACGGUAAAAAAUGGGGAGGCCGCGUUGGCCCCUAUGUGUCCCAGGACGCAAGGCGACGCCGAUACCACUACUACCUUCUGCAUAUCUAUGAACACCAAGACCCUAUGACAGCGGAAGCCAUACUGCAGAUGCGCGAUGCUGGGAUAGAAGCGCUUGAGGAAGUGACCGAAGACCAGAUCAGGCUCUGUCCGGACGAGGCUAGGAGUGCUGUAUUCGACAAAGUCAUGGAGGAUCUGGAGUUGGAGGACAUGGGAACCAAACGUCACUUCCGCAGGUGUAACGAAUGCCGGUACCAAAAGAAUCCCGUGGGUCGGCGUGGGACGCUUGUAUUUCCGAUCCAGAUCAGCCUCAACCUUUACUUUGCGACUCCCUUGGAUCGGUAUUUUCCGACAUACUGGGAGUUCCUCGCGAACAAACGACCUGUCUUCCAGAAGAUCGUUGAAGAACAUUACCUUGGCCGACUUAUUGGGCAACAUUGGCAGAUGUACAUGGCGCGAUGCCCCGGAUGUCAGAAGUGGCAAGAGAUCCGGGCGUUUCGACUUGGUGGGAAACUGACAAGCUGGAAGCCGGUCCUUGGCCACACUACUUGGGAGGAGGAAAUUAUCUCCACAUCUCUUCUAGACGAGGCGCGCUGCAAUACAUGCUUCGAACAGGAGCAUGGGAGAGAAGAACUUGGCAACAGGUUACUGCACUGGAUCCACUUCCUCCAAGAAGAGCAUCUCCGGGAGCUGGCUUCCUACUAUGAUAGGAACUGGGCAUCCAUACAAUUGAGGCUGGAAUUCGUUGACCCCUGUGCGGAUCACGAUGAGGUGGUAAAGCAGCAGAUUGAUGACCUAGUUUCGCCUAUGCGCGAGUCACACAUCCUGGAUAAUGCGGAAACGGAUCAUCUAACCCCUCUUGCUGAGGAAGUUGGAAGGCUCGUGAAGGAGUUCCAGGAAAAAAACGGGAUCAAUCUCAACCUGAAAAAUCUCAUGGACCAACAGAUCAAUAUUGAACGUCAGUGGAUCUGGCUACGAGCUAGUAUGGCGGAAGUGCAGCGGAAUCCAGAUGCUCUUGUGUGCUGGGCCCUUUCCCGAGAUGGAAGCAUACAGAAGUAA